AGGGUUGAUCACUCCAAACUGAACCCCAUCCUCAAAGCACUGCAGCUUGUCGCUCAAGCUCCCUCACAACGCAGCCCCACUUCCACUUUCAUCAUCUCACCGGGCAGCUGGAGAUUGCAAACUCAACAUCACUACAACAUCAAGUCGCCCACUCACUCACCUCACCCAGUACUCCCUCUCGCUUGUCGCUCAGCAGCAUAAUAAAAAUGGGCAAAGACAAGAAAGCUUCCGGCUCCGGCUCCGGCAGCAAGGGCGGAAAGGACGCGGGCAAAGAUGCGGGCAAGGACGCCGGCAAGGCCGCCAAGGGUGCUCAGUCGAUUAAUGUUCGGCAUAUUUUGUGUGAGAAACAUGGCAAGAAGGAAGAAGCGCUGGCCAAGAUCCGUGAUGGAGCGGAUUUCGGGGCUGUUGCGAGGGAGUAUAGUGAGGAUAAGGCUAGGACUGGAGGAAGUUUGGGUUGGAAGCAAAAGGGUACAUUAGACCCUGAGUUCGAGAAGGUCGCGUUUGCUUUGGAGACAAGCAGCACUGGUAGCCCCAAGAUUGGCGAGGCCAAGACGCCGUUUGGCUACCACAUCAUCAUGGUAGAGGGUAAGAAAUGAUAUCAAUAUGCAUACUACGGCGUUUGGGUGAUCGUGCCCUUUUCUAUUUCCCAUUUGUUGAACACGUCCUUUGGUCUGAUCAUGACCUUUUGACACUGGCAUAACGGGUCGGGUUGCAGGACUUCACACAUGGCAACACGACUUCAUACAAUGGUCAUGGGAGGAAUCAGCGAAUGGGUUUUGGACCUUUUACGUUGUUUAUUGCCCCUUGCAGGGAAGCCAGUUAAGGCCUGCUCUAAGCAUUUGUGCCAGUCGGUAAGGUCUACCCAAGCGUACGUCCAACCAGACACAUGGCUUGUUAGAGCCAAUGUCCGGGACGCGUCUGCCGCCUGUACAUCCCUAGGUAUUCCGCCUCGCCAAGAUGCGAAUCGCCAAUUUACUGCUCGGUCUGGAAGUAGUUGAGGAGGAUCUGUAGUGUCGUUUGUCAGUAACUGUGGCCAAGCAGCAGACUCGGGUGUAAUUCUUACCUCGCGCUCGGAAGACAUCUCAC